UAUUGAUAAAACGAUCUUUUAUUCAUACCCAUUUUCUUCCAAUGGAUUCUGUGGACUCUAAAGCCAUCGAGCUCUUCAUCAAAUCGCCUAUCGACCAGGACCUUGUUCAAAAAGUCAUAGUUAAAACCUUACAAAUAAUCCCCUGCGACAAGAAUUCCACUGUUUAUGUUGAUGAUGAUAAAAAGCUUCCUUCGGUGCUGAAGUUCUUAAACACUCUCAUCCAGGCCUUGGACUUGAAUAACGGCAUCCUCAUGUCUACCGUGGUGUAUUUAAACCGGUUGAAAUCCAAAUUACCUAAAAACUGCAAAGGGUUAACUUCCACCAGACACAGGAUUUUAUUAUCGUGUUUGAUUUUAUCCAUCAAAUUCAACAAUGACUUUAGCAUGAAAAACUACGACUGGUUAAAGUUGACUAACAAGCUCUUCAACUUGAAGGACAUAAAUCUCAUGGAAAGACAGCUCUUAUACUUGUUGAACUGGCACUUGCUUGUCAAUGAGUUUGAGUUGUUUCAUCACUUUUCCCAGCUUUUGUGUCCCAUCAAAGACAAUUUGAUGAACAAGUAUAGAAUGAAGCAGUACUUGAAACAACAGCAAAAGUUGCACGCCACAUCACCCAAAAUACUCGCUUCUUCACCACAAACAGGAACCGGACCUUUCCCAGCCCCUCCUAUCACCCCAAUCUCAGCAUCACCAAUCUCCUCGCAAAGAUCAUUCGAGUCUCACCCAAUAUCAUCCACAUUUUCGACUAUCAGAAAGUCAUCAUCCGCAUCCAUUUAUUCUUCAUCUUCAGCAGAGUCGGCUUUUACUUGCGAUAGAUCUAGACCUAGCCCCAACUCAUCAUUUGAUUCAUUAGACAAUAUCAGCAUGGAAUCGAUUGAACCCACCACCCAAAAACUCAGGUCCAUUCCCGUGGACGUCAACCCUUUAAUCGAGUUAACCGCCUUAAACGAACAAUACCAGCUCAACAAGCUCUUGGAGAGCUUCCAUCAUACCACCCUUUAAAAUAAUGUAUAUCUGUAACGAGAUUAAUGAAUAUAUCGAGUAACGAAUAAAUCGCAUUGAUUUUGCAGCUACC